AAAAGUAAGGAGACAUCACAAGCUGCUGAAAGGAAAUAAUUAUUUGUUAUGACUAUGUUUUAAGUGGCUAAAAUACAGUGGGUUAAAAUAAAACGCUAUGAAGCAUUUUUUGUUGAUUAAAGGACCUGAUUGGUAGGUCUUGGAAGCCUGUCAAAAAGGAUAAACCCAAGUGAAACUUAAAAGGACGAUGGCAUUUUUGACAUUUAUUUACGCAGCACUAUUGCUGAAUUUGACCGGAUCGAGUAUUUCAAAGAUCACAGGUCAGAAUGGUCACGAGGAUGAUCCACCAUCAUCAAGUAUUGCCCCAGCCACCAUUCCAACUGUUGAUCCACCAUUGAAGACAAAUUAUACAGUGAUACUAUCAUAUUCUGGUCCAGCAGUAUUGGAUUCAAUGAUAACUUUUCAAGCACGUCUUUAUGAUCGUUUUGGGCAUUAUGAACAGUCCAAAAAAUUCCACUACACUUGGUCAAACACAGCUAAUCAAUCGUAUGAAGAAACCUGGGGUGAUUACCAAUCAUCUUUAUAUAAAGUCUUUCCCAGUGAUAUGAUAGAAAGAGGACAAUAUUUAGUCACAGUUUCUGUUACUGGUGUAGGAAAGCAUAUGUUAGCAUUUGCCAGCCUUCCUUUUAUUUUGACUGAGAGUUUAAAUGGCCAAUUGAGCUUAAACCAAUCACUACCAUAUCAAAGAAAUGCAUCAGUGUUUGCCACUGGUGAGAAACUGCAACUAAAGUUAAAUUUAAGUGAUAAAUUUGAUAGGCUUCUUAGUCAUGAAUAUUUCUGGUAUAUAGAUGGUGAAUUCAAGGACUAUUCAACUGUACCCAGCUAUAAUAUGAGUUUAAGCAAACCAGGCAAUCAUACAGUGGAAGUUACAGUUUUUGUAACGUUUUUAGAUGAUUUUGGUGUAAGAAAUAGAACAAUACCAUAUGAACAUUCCAAUAGUAAAUCAUGUAGUGCUGUAUCCAUGUUUGAUAAAUGUGGAAGUUAUGUGCAUCAUGUUCAUGCGAAAGAUCCAUUAAGCAUUGUUCGUAUUGAUGGUGGAACAAGUGUUGGUGUCAAUAGUUUUAUAACUUUAAAUAUAUCUUGUUUAGGGAGUUCUCCAACUGGGGUGUGUUGGAAUGUGACUAAAUUAAAUAGAAAGAAACUGAAUGAAACUUACAGUUGUGUUCCAAAAACUUUCAAUAGCACAAAUUGUUUUCAUAGAAUAAAUGUAAAGCCUGAAGAAAAAGGCUGGCAUGAUGUACAAUUAUCUGUAUAUAAUGAUGUGAGCUAUUUAAAUGGGCAUUAUUUUAUAUUUGCUUAUAAUCCAGACAAACAUAGUUCACCAAUGCUUACAGUACCAAUAGUGUUUAGUAUAUUAGUAUGUAUAAUUGUCAUUAUUGGAGGAGUUUAUCUAUGGAAAAUGAAAAAGAAACCAUUUAUUGAGGUGGCAGAUUUUGAAUUUCAUCCAUCAAUAGCAAGAAAUGAGUCUUAUAUCUCAUUGUCUGUUGUGUUGAGCAGGAUGAAAAAAUAUUUCAAGAAAUCAGGCCGAACAUUAUCAGUACAAAGCUGUGAUCCUCAAAUACCAUCUAAUAGACCUGAUGCUGACAGUAGUGAAACCAGUAGACUUAUUUAUGAAACUUUAUAA